AUGCCGGGAAAGGGUCAGCGGCGGAGGGAGAAGAACUUCCGGGCGGCGCACGGCGGGGACACGCGCCUGCCCCCGCCGCCGAAGCACCGGGAGCUCGAGGCCAUCCCGUCCAAACUUCGCCGCCUCAUCGCCUUCCAGAACAAGCACAACGCCAACGCCAACGCCAACGGUAACGCGUCCUCAGGAGGUGCUCCUGGGAAGCAAGACGAUGGGUUAAGGAAGAACAAGCCGGCAACAGACAAGAAAACUAAGAAGCGGACAUUGGUGGUUCCUGCUGAUAGCAAAGCAUCAGAGAUUAAAGGCAAUGAAGAUGGUUCAGCUGCCCAUGAGAAUGAGAAUGUGAAUGCAGAGGGUAGUAAGAGGAAGCGAAAGAGGGGAAAGGCCAAGGACCUUCGUUUCGAGGAACUGGACAAGAACAUCUCAGUUUCGAAGAAGCAAAGAAGGAAGAAACAUCUAGAUGAGAAGAAAAAGAAGCGCAAGGGCAAUAAGACAGAAACUGUUCCAGACUUCCCUGGGCGUGAGAAAGUCAAAUUUGGUGAAGUUGUUGAGGCUCCACCAAAGUUGUCAUUCCCGAAGGUGAAGAGCGCUUUAGAUGCUUCUCGUGAGAUGCUAAGGAAAGAAGCGAUUGAGAAUUACAGAAAUAUCAAAGGAUGGACAUCAAGGCCUGGACUCCAGCUUCCAACACUAGCAGAGAACACAUUCCUAUCACAAUAG